AUGGAAUGGCUGCCAGAGGACCUGCGUGGCUCUGAGGGGGUCGUGGGGCUUCUCUGGAACCAGCUGACCUAUGCCCUAGCCUGCCGACACUGUGGCAGCAGCUGCCUCCAGAGUCCAGGGAACCUGCUAACACUGUUUUUGUUCAUGGGCCUACCACUUCUGUACCGUGUGGCUUUCCUUGAUCGCCUGUGGAAGCAGAAGUCAGAGGAGGAAGAGGAGGCAUUUCUGGAUCCACUGAAGACACGUUCUCUUCCUAAAGGAGCUCCUAUUGGAGAGCAAGUCACUACAGCCCCAUCCCAGCCAUCUUGUAAUUCUGAAGGCCUCCACAAGGCCACAGGCGCACUAGAGCAAGGACUCACGCAGACCCCAGACCCGCCCAGAUCCUUCCCCACCUUUCAGAUCUUGACCAACCUGCCUGUGAGGCACACAACAGCAUCAGGAAGCCGCCCACAGGAGAGAAAAAGCCAGUUCUUCUGGGGUCUGCCCUCUCUGCACAGUGAGUCCUUGGAGGCCAUCUUCCUGAGCACAGGUGGCCUCUCUCCCUUGAAGCUAUCUGUUAGUCCCUCUGUUGUCUUUAACAAGCUUGCCUUCCUGCCUAGAUCCCCAGUAUCGCUGCUUCCCCAGUAUUGCUUCCCAACCCCGCUUACCACCCAGGAAGCCCAUACUACAGAGGAUCUGGAAAGGAUGGCCUCUGAUCCUGAGCAACUUCCCUCUCCAUCUUCCCCUCCUGUUCCAUCACUUCCCCUUCAUCUUAACCCCUUUCCCAUGGACCAUACAAGAGUCCCAUCUGGCACUAAGGCAAAUACACAGUGGCUUACACGGCAGAGAGAGAUCCCUUGGGUCUCUGGGGAUCAAGUUCUGCACCAACAGUCUAACUUUCAAAGAACCAGACCCUCCAAGUUCUUCUAUUCAUCUGAGGUCUGGUGGAAGGUACCACGGAAUCCUAGCCCCCAACAACACUUUCCAGACUCACUCUCUGCCUCCCUAGCAGAGAAUCCCUCUAGUCUUCUGGGAGCCCUAACUAGGUCUGAGGCCCCAUGGCAGACCACGGGGCAAAAGGAGGACCCCAAAAUCCCUGAGCCAAUCCACACAUUGACCUUGAGUUUGUGA